UACUCAAACAGUGCAAAGUUAACAAAAAUAGAUUUCGUUUCAUUAUUCGCCGAAGAUAGCGAAUUGCACAAUAUUUAUGUGUACGCUGUGAUUCAUAAGUUUACACAUAAUUUCAGCCUCAGAGUACAUUUUCUAAGAUUUUUUUACUGGAAGAAAACUCUAUUUAAAUCAUGGCAGAAGACCGAGUUAUUGUGCCUGACGAUCGAAACUUCAUGUACAAAGCAAACAGUGGUGGCAUGAGAUUCAAAAUGAGAACCACUGGCCAUUUUCCUGAACUGGCUUUGAUAGCAGCACAUGACCCAAAUCUUUGUCUUUAUAAGAUUACACUUGGACAAGAAACCAGAGUCUACAAUUUUGGUGACAAGCAAGAAGAGAAAUUCCCCAUUGGAGAUAUUCAAAAUUUUCACUAUUUUAGAGAGUAUUACAUUUCCUGGCAUAGUAAUAAAAUUAAGAUAGGUGAAGUGGGCCACAAACCAUUUGUAAACUAUGAUAGAUUAUAUACAGAACCCAUUAUAGGAUUUGUAUUAUUUAGACCAGACUGCAAACAUUCAAUACCAGUGGAGUGGAUAGUUGAAUUAUCACCUGUUGAAUUAAUCACAGUACCAACUAAAAAAUUUCGUGACAGACUUCAGUGGCUUCCUAUGGUCAAUGGGAAGUUGCCUCGAAAUGCAAUGAUUGGUGGGUUUGAAAAUGAACCCACUUAUAUAGCCAGAGCUGAACAUAAUAAUUCAUUAUGUCCUGGGAAGUAUGUACCGUCAAUUGGCAAGGCAUUUGUUGCUUGGGGCGGGAGAGAAUUUGACAAACAGAAUUUUGAGAUACUAUGCGGGUAUAAUGCAAAAUGGAUUAAAACAAGAACCAAUUAUAUUCCUCAAAAUGCAUUUAUUGGAGGGCGCUCAGAAGUGCAGAAUGAACCUUUAUAUAUAGGUAGAGCUAAGAUAGAUCGCAAACUUAUACCUGGGAAGGUCCAUGUUCGCUAUAAAACAUGCUAUUUGCCAUAUGAUGGCAAAGAGGUGGAAGUAUCCUUAUAUGAAAUAUUAGUCUUACCAGAUGAUGAAAUACCACAGGGUGUAGCCUUACCUUCCUAAUAUAUGAACAUAUAAUAUUAUCAAAUUUAAAAAAACAUAACAAAAAAAGAGUUUUAAUUAUACCUAAUAUUUACAUCCA